AUGGUGAGCGAGAGCCAUCACGAGGCACUGGCAGCCCCGCCAGUCACCACCGUGGCAACUGUUGUACCACAUAAUGCCACAGAACCAGCCAGCCCUGGGGAAGGAAAGGAAGAUGCUUUUUCUAAGCUGAAGGAGAAGUUUAUGAAUGAGCUGCAUAAAAUUCCAUUGCCACCGUGGGCCUUAAUUGCCAUAGCCAUAGUUGCAGUUCUCUUAGUCUUGACCUGCUGCUUUUGUAUCUGUAAGAAAUGUUUGUUCAAAAAGAAAAACAAGAAGAAGGGAAAGGAAAAGGGAGGAAAGAAUGCCAUUAACAUGAAAGAUGUGAAAGACUUAGGGAAGACCAUGAAAGAUCAGGCCCUGAAGGAUGAUGAUGCUGAAACCGGAUUGACCGAUGGGGAAGAAAAAGAAGAACCCAAAGAAGAGGAGAAAUUGGGAAAGCUUCAAUAUUCACUGGAUUAUGAUUUCCAGAACAACCAGCUGCUGGUAGGGAUCAUCCAGGCUGCCGAACUGCCCGCCUUGGACAUGGGGGGCACUUCUGAUCCUUACGUCAAAGUGUUUCUGCUGCCCGAUAAGAAGAAGAAGUUUGAGACAAAGGUCCACCGGAAAACUCUUAACCCUGUCUUCAAUGAGCAGUUUACUUUCAAGGUGCCCUACUCAGAACUGGGUGGCAAAACCCUGGUGAUGGCUGUGUACGAUUUUGAUCGUUUCUCCAAGCAUGACAUCAUCGGGGAGUUUAAAGUCCCCAUGAACACAGUGGAUUUUGGUCACGUAACUGAGGAAUGGCGCGAUCUGCAAAGUGCUGAGAAGGAAGAGCAAGAGAAACUGGGUGAUAUCUGCUUCUCCCUUCGCUAUGUACCGACUGCUGGAAAACUGACUGUUGUCAUCCUCGAGGCCAAGAACCUGAAGAAGAUGGAUGUGGGUGGCUUAUCGGAUCCUUAUGUGAAGAUUCAUCUGAUGCAGAAUGGCAAGAGACUGAAGAAGAAAAAGACAACAAUUAAAAAGAACACACUGAACCCCUACUACAAUGAGUCAUUCAGCUUUGAAGUACCUUUUGAGCAAAUCCAGAAAGUGCAAGUGGUGGUAACUGUUUUGGACUAUGACAAGAUUGGCAAGAACGAUGCCAUCGGCAAAGUGUUUGUGGGCUACAACAGCACUGGUGCGGAGCUGCGACACUGGUCAGACAUGCUGGCCAACCCCAGGCGACCCAUUGCCCAGUGGCACACCCUUCAGGUGGAGGAGGAGGUUGAUGCCAUGCUGGCUGUCAAGAAGUAA